CCUUCAGUGUCACUGUGAACCAUGGCUGCAGCUGUUUACGCACAGGACCUGACCUGUUCCAUCUGUUUAACUCUCUUCUCUGAUCCACUGACUCUCCUCUGUGGUCACUCUUUUUGCAGAAAAUGUAUAACAGAUUGUCCGAUCACACAGUGUCCACAGUGUCGAACUUCUUUACCAUCACCAGAGGAAGUGAAGUGUUUACCAACCAGCCACAUCCUGAAGAGUCUGGCUGAAAAGGCGAAGGAGGAAACCAAACAGAGCCACGACAGAGCAGAGGCCCAGUGGUUGUGUCCAGAUCAUGAUGAGAAGCUGAAACUGUUCUGUGUCACAGAUCAGCAGUUAACAUGUAUCAUAUGCAGAGACGGAGAAAAGCAUGAUGGACACAAGUUUAAACCAGUCAAAGAAGCAGCUGCAUCUUUGAGGAAGGAGCUGGAAACGGGCAUGGAGACCCUUCCUGCUGAUAUCCUUGCAAUUGAAAGCCUUGCCAACAAACAAAGAGAAGAAAUAACAAAAACCAAAGAGCGGUCCCGUCAGCUGAUGUCCCAGAUGCACAAGCAGUUUGAGGAAAUGCACCAAUUCCUCAGAAAGAGAGAAGACGAGAUCAAAAAUGAGCUGAAGAAUCAAGAGGAAGACGCUGUUGAAGAAAUGACCAAGAGGCUGAUUUCAAUGGAAGCAGCGCUGACGGAGAACAGAGAGCUGGAGGUGAAGGGCGCAGCGGUUCUGAAAAUUACUGACCCUGAGAGGUUCCUAAAAAAGUGGACUGAGGGUAACUGCAUGAAGACCCCAGAACAUUUAUUCAGAUCAAGAGCAAACGAUCUGGAUGUGAUUAAUACAUCUCUCUUCCUGGGUCCAUAUGAAAGUCACCUGCAGUUCUUCAUGUGGAAGGAGAUGCUGCAGGUGAUCCAGCCUCGAGCAGAACUGCUGUCUCUGAGAAAUGAUAAUGUUAAUGUGUCUGUGUCUGAUGAUAGACGUAGUUUGUAUUGUGCUCCCAAAUGCAGCCAGAAUCAGCAGAACAUGUUUGGACAGACAGGACUCUUUUUCAGUUCUCCAGCCUUUGGUUCAUCCACAAGCCAUUAUGAUCAAUACACAAACAUUUUUCCAGCAGUGCCUGAUAAUACAUACAAUGCAUUCAGCACUGAUGAGUUCACUUCAGGACAGUGUUACUGGGAGGUAGAGGUCGGCCAUAGGGACUAUUGGAAACUAGGGAUAAAAGAUUAUUUCUUACAAUAUGAAAACUAUAAGCAUGCAGCCUGUAAUCCAAAAACAAUCACAGAGUUAACUGUCACAGACACACCCCGGAAGAUUGGGAUUUACCUGGACUGCUCUUCUAAAAAGCUGAGCUUUUAUAAUGCAGACAACAUGACACGUAUUCACACUAUGAGCUGCAGCUCCAUGUCAGUACCAGUGUCAGCAUAUUUUAACAUCAGAUACAAAGAACCAGAUCAUAACCCACUGACAGUGUGCUGGUACUGAACAGUGGACAUACGCAUCUGCAGGAGAAAUAGUUAUCAGAUAAUAGCACAUGGAACAGGCUUAUAUUGUACAUUUUCAGUGCCAGAAAAUACAAGUAUUUUGCAGAUUUAAAAAAAAA